AUCAGACUAGUAUUCGUGAUUCGUAGCAGCAAUUUCUUAGCACAAAUUUUCGAGUUAGCCUAAGAAACAUUCUGAGAAAAUGUCUGGGCGUGGAAAGGGAGGCAAGGGAUUGGGUAAGGGAGGAGCCAAGAGGCACCGUAAGGUCCUCAGAGACAACAUCCAGGGCAUCACCAAACCUGCCAUCCGCCGGUUGGCCCGCAGAGGGGGUGUGAAGCGGAUCAGUGGUCUGAUAUAUGAGGAAACCAGAGGCGUUCUCAAGAUCUUCUUGGAGAACGUCAUUCGCGAUGCUGUGACAUAUACUGAGCACGCCAGGAGAAAGACCGUGACUGCCAUGGAUGUGGUCUAUGCUCUGAAAAGGCAAGGAAGGACUCUAUAUGGAUUUGGGGGUUAGGUUGAUGUGUUUCUUUCUACACGCGUUAUUUUGAUAUCCGGGUUAGAGAUAUUGUAUUCUAGGGGUUUUUUUUUUCGUUCUGUUUUGAUCUACAUGGUUCAUCUGUAUUCCCCAAAUUGGCUGUUUCUCUCCGAAGAAAUAUAAUUAAAAUUUCAUGAAUAA